UCUGUCCCAGGCCCCAGAGUCCUUAUAAAGAGGGGUUCCUAGCUCAGAUCAGCACAACACUCAGCCAGCUUCUGCAGCUUCUGGGCUCUGCAGUCUCAGCUCUGUUCCAUCCUCUCCCCCAGCCACACCAUGAAGCUGUGUGUGUCUGCUCUCUCUCUCCUGCUGGUCGUGGCUGCCUUCUGGGCUCCAGUGCUCUCAGCACCAAUGGGCUCUGACCCUCCCACUUCCUGCUGCUUUUCUUACACUGCUCGGAAGCUUCCUCGGAACUUUGUGACAGAUUACUAUGAGACCAGCAGCCUUUGCUCCAAGCCAGCAGUGGUAUUCCUCACCAGAAAAGGCAAGCAAGUCUGUGCUGACCCCAGCCUGCCCUGGGUCAAUGAGUAUGUGAAUGACUUGGAGCUGAACUCAGCUGCAGGAGGAACCACUUCAGGGAGCACCUCCUGACCCCUGUUGCUCCUCAUUGAGAAGUACCUUGCUCCUUCCAUUCAGAAUUCC